GGAGGAGGAGGAGGAGGAGGAGGAGGAGGAGGUAGUAUGUCUUCUACUCAGCAGCUCCCCCAGCGACAGCUGCAGGCGGAGCAACAAGAGCUUGGGAACUCAACAGCAACAGCAGGAGGAGGAGGAGGAGGAGGAAAGGGAGGAGGAAAGGGAGGAGGAAAGGGAGGAGGAAAGGGAGGAGGAGGAGGAGGAGGAGGAGGAGGAGGUAGUAUGUCUUCUACUCAGCAGCUCCCCCAGCGACAGCUGCAGGAGCAGCAACAAGAGCUGGGGAACGUCUCUGACGACGCUAAUCGUCCGAUAUCAUCCGUUGGACUCGAAAACGUGACAGAUCAAGGGGGAGUGGCUCCCGCUGCUUCUCCUUCGUCGUCUUCCACUCACGUGACCGAUCAAAGGGAAGUGGGUCCCGCAGCUUCUCCUUCCUCGUCCGCCUCUCACGGGACUGAUCAAGUGGAAAUGGCUCCCGCUGCUUCUCCCUCCUCGUCUUCCACUCACGUGACCGAUCACGGGCAGGGGGAUCCCGCUGCUUCUCCUUCCGCGUCUUCCAUUUCUGCUCCUUCUCCUCCUUUUUGGAGCGGUAGUGACGAGGAGGAGCUAGCAGAGCCAUCGCCCGCAGCAGCCAUCGUUAUCUAUGCGGAUGACACGUGGCUAUCACUCGGAAAAAAACGCAACGUCAGCAUUCUCGGCCAGGAUUUAACCUCAGAUGUGGUUCUGAAGCCUAUAUUUGAGCAAGCAGGAAGGUCCGGUAAACCCCGUUUGUCAUCAGCGUUGAGAGUGAAGGACUUUGGUAAUCGAGUGAUGAUUCAUCACGUGGUGCCCGUUGGCCAUAUCGUAAUGCGAACCAACCAGACAGAUAUCGACUGGUCGCAGACGUGCGGAGGCUUCCUCGUUUCCUUCAUCGACACAGUCCGCAUAAUGACCGACCCAGUUUUGACAAAGGAGGAACUUGAUAGGAAGGGUCAUUUGUGGUCUCUGUGGGACGAGACCACCGAUCCUCCUCACCCCGUCUGUCAGUCCGCUCCUCGCUCCAGCAGCAGCGAUGGAGCGUGGCAGACACUCCACCGUGCUGGCGUUGUCCUCAUCGACCGAUCCCGUUCUUACCGCCUCCACUGUAAACAUCUCGGCUUUGCCUUUCAUUCCGGUGCCCUGAAAUGGACCGCUUUUGUCACAGUUUUGUGCCUCUUAGUACUCAAGGCCUUGGCUCUCACAGUCAAGAGAAUCAAAACUCUACAUAAGGACUUUUGGGAGAUGAAGUCGGUCAAAGACGAGCUGGCGAAGGCCAAGGCUGCGGCAGAGGCUGCCAGCAAAGCCAAGGCCAACUUCUUGGCGACCAUGUCCCAUGAGAUUCGAACACCCGUCAAUGGAGUUAUUGGCAUGAUGAACCUGUUGCUUCCCACACCCCUCAAUGAGGAGCAAAUUGACUUCAUUAAGACGGGGAUGCACUGUGCAAAGAAACUCUCCGACGAGGUCGCCGACACGGAAUGGACAAGGAAGACGCUGGCGAUUGGCCUGUUGGUUCAUGCGUUGCUGCAUCCUUGCCAUCUGGUCACGUGCCUUGACGAGGAGCUCUUGCAUCCGACGAAUGAAGAGAAGAUGGUCGUCGCUCUCGGCUGCCCGUGGAAUAAUCGUGUCCAACGGAGAAGUGACCGGCGAGCCAUGCUCGAAUUCAAAGGGCGACAUCCUGAUAGUCGGAUGGAUAGACGAGUUGUAUGCCAACUCAACAUCCGACAGCCGCUCAACCCAAUCCUUUUGGUCAGGACGGAUGAGAGUGUGAAGUAGGACCUGUGCGGUCUGAUGCGCCCUCUCCGUUUGGCCAUCGGUUUGGGGGUGGCGAGCCAAUCUCGACUUGAGGGAUGAGCCCCAUCGCUUGAUGAGCACCAACCAAAAGUCGGACAUGAACCGAGUGCCGCGGUCACAAACGA